AAGCCAAAUCUUUCACGACUCAAUUAAGUUACGAAAUUUUAAACAAAAGUCCUUUGAACUUGAAAGAAAAUCGUGGUAAUAAUAGCCAACAUACAACUAGAAGUAGUAUCUCAAAACCAGAACCCAAAUACACAUUGAACUCCAAGAUCUUAUCUGAAUUCGAAGCUUUAUCAGAACCUGAAGUCUCAUUAGAACUUGAAGCCCUAUUGGAACCUGAAAUCUCAUUAGAAUCUGAGUCUCUAUUGGAAUCUGAAUUCCUGUUGGAACCUGAAUUUCUAUUAGAAUUAACAAGCAGAUUUAAAGUGAUUUCUUUAAAGGGUAAUAAUUGCAGCGAUGGCUUGCAUACUACUCAAGUUUUUGCUUGCAAUCACUUUGGUAUGUAUAAAUCUAGAAAAGAUCUGAACAAGAAAGGCAGAAAUAAAGUAUCAAAAAAAUGCAACUGCCUCUGGUCUGUAUGUCUUAAUUAUAAUCCAGAAGAUGACAAAUAUUAUAUCUCUCAAGUCAAUCUACAACAUAAUCAUCAACUUAUUCCACCCCAACUUAUGAAAAUUUUACCUGGCAAUCGCAAAAUACCAAUAUUUAUUAAUGAGAAAAUUUUUGCUUUGAAAAAAACAGAAAUUUCAAUACCACAAAUCCAAUCUCUUCUUAUAAAUGAAAUAUCCUCAAGUUUUGUGUGGCUUUUCAAAUCCUUUAUUUGUAUUUUUGGCACCGCUCUCUAUACUAUUCUUACAGAUAACAAUCUUACAAUGUCUGAUACUAUUAGUUCAGUUCUUACCAAUAAGCAUGGUACCAAGUAUAGUCUUUAUAUUUGGCACAUGUUGAAGAAUAUAAGGUCUAAUAUGAUCUCUAAACUUGGAAAGAAGUAUAAUAUAUUUUAUGCAGAUCUUAUGAAAUGUCUAAAUCAUUAUAUUGAUCAAGUUGAGUUUAAGGAGCUGUGGAAUUGUAUAAUGAAAAAUAAUAACUAUGCUGAAGCAAAGUCAUACUUAGAAGCUCUUAGUUGGUGGUGUGAAUGUUUGCUAAAAGAGUUUAUUGAUUGUAAGACAAGGCUUACAGAAUUUUUAGCAGCUUUUGAACAUGCACUUGAUCUCUGUAAAGAGGCUGAGCAUAUUUCUGCUUACAAGGAGCUUGUUUAUCCUAUCCUCCUGACUUUUCCAAACCCUAUCAAAAAUCAAGCUGCUAGCUAUCUAACAUGCUAUUUACAAUUACAAGCUCCAGAAAUUUUAGUAUCACAUGAAUCAUCUGAUGAAAAUAACUCUUGA